UUAGAUCCUAGUUUCGGUUAAGGAUUAUGCGGAAGAAACUGAUUUGUAAACACAUAAUACGCAAAUCCUACGAUAACAUUCGCACAAUGAUUAAGUUACUAUCAAGGAGAAAUAAUAAACGAUGCAUUUCAAAUGAUUAUCAUGCUGUUAUAUGUUUAUACUUUCUCUGGGAGGGAGAAUGAAUUGAAGCACUGAAUCCUCCUCCCAAGAUGGGGGUUUUCCUCCAAUUUUUCAUAAUUGUACACAGUUAAACAAUCAGUUAUGUUUGCAACAAGUACAAGCAGUGAUACUAAUACUUAUGAUUUUUUCUCGGAUGAGAAUGCUCCAAAAUGGAAAGGCAUCUUUAUGACAGCUCUGAAUUUGGUCCACAAACAGGUUAACCCAUCUCUUACAGCCAAGGAAGAUGCACUUGAUUACAUUGAGAAACUUAUCAUCCAACUUCUUGCCACAUUGUGUGCAUCAGAACCUCAUGUGCCACAAGAUGUUGAAGAUCGUGUCCAGAAAACAUUUCCAGAUCCCAUUGAUAAAUGGGCAAUCAGAGAUGCUGAAAGGGCAAUUGAAAAGGUUGAUAACAGGAACAAGAAAAACUUGACAUUGGUAUUGCCUGUUGAGAAAAUUCACCCACUGCUUGUAAAAGAGGUGCUUGGUUACAGAAUAGACUACACAGUAACAGUAUAUAUUGUAGCUGUCCUUGAAUACAUAGCUGCAGAUAUAUUAAAGUUGACUGGGAACUAUGUGAAGAAUAUCAAGCAUCCCGAUCUGACAUCACAGGAUAUUAAAGUAGCAAUAUGUGCAGAUCAAGUGUUAAUGGACAUGUUCUCCCAGGAGGAGACAGAAGUGUCACUGCCUAUCGUAGAUGAGCCUGUACGCAGAGAGUCACUGACAUACGAGGAAACUGUAAAGGAUUUUAUCCUGGAAGAAAACCAGUACCUUCAUGACCUUAACAUGAUUAUUAAAGUAUUUAGGGCACCAUUUGAACAGCAUUUUCCUGGUAGUAAGGACCUUGAGAAUAUAUUCAGCAAUAUUUUGGACAUACAUCAGUUCACAGCUAAGUUGUUGAGUUCUGUAGAGGAACAAGUUGAGGUUGCAGCAGAGAAUGAAACCCCAACUGUGGGCAUCUGCUUCCAGGAUCUUGCUGAGGGGGAAGAGUUUGGUGUAUAUAUGAGAUAUGUUGAUGACAUGAUGGCACCUCAAGGCAAAGACAGGCUACAUACCCUCAUGCAAAGACCAGAUUUUAAUCAAACAUUACAGGGUUAUGGAAGUGGUUUUAAAGAUGCGAUGAAAUAUUCCUUACCAAAGUUGUUGUUAGGCCCUAUUUAUCACUGUCUUCAUUAUUUUGAAGUUUUAAAGGCUUUGAUAGCUACUAGUCCCAAUGAAGAAGACAGUGAAUGUUUAGAACAAGCCAGUGGCCUUCUAGCACCUAUCAAAUAUCUCAUGGAGAAUAAAUUCUCUGGUAAUCUUGCCAAAAAGAAGCCAUGGGAAACUUCGUUGAGGUUACAAGGCAGAACAGGUCGCCAGGCUGUAGUUCAGAAAAUGUCAGAACUUCAAAAAAGUAUUGAUGGUUGGGAAGGUAGAGAUAUUUGGCAAAGCUGUAGUGAAUUUAUACUGGAUGGUGUAUUAAUGAAGCAUGCACGUGGUAAGAAUACAGAACGACAUGUAUUUUUGUUUGAUGCCCUCAUUGUGCUGUGUAAACAAAACGUCAGAAGAACGUCAGUGUCUCAGCCACAAGGAGAGUUUAAGUUGAAGGAGAAAUUCAACAUAAGAAAAAUUGAAGUACGGGAUAAAGAAGACUGUGAUGAUUAUAAGAAUGCAUUUGAAUUACAAGCCAAAGACCAUAGUAACCAUGUGUUACUGGUUGCUAAGACACCAGAGGAAAAGAGCAACUGGAUGGCUGCUCUCAUAUCACUUCAAACUAGAAGUAUGUUGGAGAGACAGUUGGAUGCCAUAUUGAGAGAUGAAGAAAAACAAACACCAUUAAAACUGCCAGAUCCAGGGUUGUAUAGGUUUGCUGUUGAAGAUUCAGAAAACAAUAUUGUAUUUGAGGAUCAACCAGCGGCCCCAGGGGAGAGUCCACUUAUUAAGGGCGGGACCCUUAUAAAAUUAGUGGAGCGUCUCACAUAUCAUAUGUAUGCUGAUCCAAAAUUUGUGAAAACUUUUCUGACCACUUAUAGAUCAUUCUGUAGUCCUCAACAGUUACUAGAGAUGUUGAUAGAAAGGUUUAAGAUUCCUGAUAUAGAGAUGGAUCCUGAGAUGGUCGCUGAUAACAAUGAUAAUUUACAGUUGAGGGAUGAUCUCAAAAGAUUCCGUAAGGAAUAUGUCAAACCUGUGCAAUUUCGAGUGGUAAAUGUGUUACGGCACUGGGUAGAUCACCACUUUUAUGAUUUUGAAAGAGAUUCCAGUCUACUGGAGAAGCUGAAAAAAUUUCUUGACACAGUCAAGGGAAAAGCAAUGAAAAAAAUGGCUGACUCAAUUUUAAAAGUUAUACAGAGAAGGACGGAGUUGACAAAAGCUGGACGAGAGUUCACAUACCAGAAAACUCCACCUAUUAUAGAGUGGCAUCUUACACACAAUAAGAACGAAUUUGAUCUGUUAAAUUUGCAUCCUAUAGAAAUAGCUCGACAGGUGACUUUACUGGAGUUUGACUUGUAUCGAGCUGUCCAGCCAUCAGAAUUAGUUGGAAGUGUCUGGAUGAAAAGCACAAAGAAUAAGACGUCUCCAAAUCUUCUUAAGAUGAUAGACUUUUCAAACAGUUUAACAUUCUGGCUAGAGAAGUGUAUUAUUGAGACAGAGAACUUGGAGGAACGUGUUGCAGUUAUUAGUCGUUGUAUAGAGAUAAUGGCAGUAUUUCAGGAGUUAAAUAACUUUAAUGGUGUUUUAGAAGUUGUCAGUGCUCUCAACUCAGCACCUGUUCAUAGGCUUGAACACUCAUUUAGUGAGGUUAAUCAUAGAUUAAUCAAGCUGAUGAAUGAGUCAAAGGAGUUAAACUCUGACCAUUUCAAGAAGUACACAGAGAAGUUACGCUCCAUAAACCCCCCAUGUGUUCCAUUCCUAGGAAUGUAUUUGACAAACAUUCUCAAGACAGAAGAGGGAAAUCCAGAUUUUUUAAAACGAGACCAAGAAGGCCUCAUAAAUUUUAGUAAGAGACGGAAAGUAGCAGAAAUUACAGGAGAAAUACAGCAAUAUCAGAAUCAGCCAUACUGUCUCAAAGUGGAGUCAGAUAUACGGGAAUUCUUUGAGAAUUUAGAGCCGCUGGAAGGCAGAGAUGAAAAGUCUUUUAAUGAUUAUUUAUAUGAGAAAUCAUUGGAAAUAGAACCAAGAAAUUGUAAACAAAUUCCAAAAUUUCCGAAGAAGUUUAAUUAUUCCAUCAAGUCACCUGGCAUUCGUCCAAUGUCACGUCGCAGUGAUGCACAGUCCAGAAGCCAUGCAUUCCCGUUCACAACAGCAUUUUCUGCUCCGGGAUACCAGCGAAUAGAGGAAGAUCCUGAAUCGCAAUCGCCUCAGUGUAUGACUCCGCCCACUCCUACAACUCCAAUCAGUCCUGCCUCUGUGUCAGGGGGUGAUAAUGGAGUAUUUUCUAAUGUUACAUUAGGCCAAGGAGCAACUUCAUCACCGUCACCAAGUGCGAAUGUUCCAACUGCUGAAUUGGUUUCUCUAGUAUCUGACACUAAACUGCCUCCUCUACAGCCGCCUCCCCCUUUGCCCCCGCGGCGUAGAAAUACAAACACUCGUGACUCAACAUCCAGUAGUGCUAGUAGUGAUGUGUUCAUUAAUAGAUCUUCUUCUGAUCCCCCACAAGUUCCACCUAGGACAGAUCAUGAUCAACCGCCCCCUGUACCCCCACGCCGUGACUCAUAUAACAUGGGGGUGCAGCCCAGAACUCCAACUCUGUUGUCACUAUCAAGAACUGUUCCACCAGUCACGUCACGGACGCAAAGUGUGUCACAAUUGCCCAUAGCUUCUGUUCAAAACACGCAGGUGCAUAGUAAUACAUUACCGCGUUACCAUGGAGAUAGAGACUCCAUUAGAAGUGAAAACUUGGAUGAUAUAUUCAAAUUUAAUGGAGAAAAUACUAGUGAUAUUCCAGCAUUGCCGCCAAAAACUUACAGAUCACAUGCUCGCCAACAAAGCAAUUAGGUGAAACUACCUGCAAACUAUUAUUGUGAUUUUGUUAUUGAUUUCAUAUAGCUGAUAUAUCUGUCAAUAAGGUUUGCAAUUAUUGAAAGUUGAAUUUCUUUUCUUGCUUACAAUCUUUAUAAAAUUGAAAUAUCAUGGUUAUUGAAAGCAUACAAAUGUAGCUUCCAGUUUGGAUUAAAGGAAACAAGAAAUAUGGAACAACAAAAGUAAUAAAUUUGUACAUAAGUUC